UUUUCUUCUUUCUUUUUUUUUUUUUUCCUCUUUUAAUAUAAACUUUAUUUUGAUGCUUCUUCAAGGGAGAACGAGUUGAAGCCGAUGGAUUCAGAGCAGCUGAGGGAGUACGCCCACAAAAUGGUGGUCGAUUUCAUCGCCGAUUACUACAAAAUGAGCGAAUCUUUUCCCGUUCUUAGCCAAGUUGAGCCAGGAUAUCUUAAGGAGCUUCUACCUGAUUCGGCUCCCAGCAAGCCUGAAAAUCUCGAAGAUGUUUUCGACGAUAUACGUCAGAAGAUAAUACCAGGCAUCACCCAUCGGCAGAGCCCCGAUUAUUUUGCUUAUUAUCCGUCUAAUAGCAGCACUGCUGGGUUCCUAGGAGAGAUGCUCAGCGCCGGCUUCAAUAUUGUUGGGUUCAGUUGGAUAGCGUCUUCUGUCGCGACGGAGCUGGAGAUGCUCGUUUUAGAUUGGUUCGCUAAAUCCUUAAGCUGCCUGAGCAGUUCUUUUCAACAGAUAAGAAUUGCGAUGCUGUUAAUGCCUAUUUCGCUGGCUUUCGGAAUGGCUUCGUUACUCUGGGAAGCCGCGGCUAGGUAUUUGGGCGAGGUGGAACGGUAAUCCAAGGAACAGCGAGCGAAGCUGUCCUUGUAGUUCUAUUAGCUGCAAGAGACAAAAUUUUAUUGAAGGCUGGAAGAAAGUCCCUUGAAAAGCUGGUGGUUUAUUGUUCCGAUCAGACGCAUUCUGCUAUGUAAACAGCAUGCCAGGUAUUGUAAACAUCAUAUUUGUCAAGCGUGUGGUUGUAAAAAUAAGGCUUCCCUGCCUCAUUCUCACACUAAUAGUUCUUCCAAUAAAUCGACUGAAUUUCCAAAGGCAACUACUUUUGUGAUUUGCUUUUUCAUGUUAUUUGCCUUGACUUUAUAUGUUGAAUAAGGAUUAAGAGGAGAUGGUUCUAUUCUUCUUUUGAAAUCGACAAUAUAAGCAGCUUACUGCUUGGGCCUUGGCAUGUACCGUGCUGAGUGUCGUUAUGAUGUCCCAUUCCACCAGCAUCCUUUUGUGCAAUGGUAUACC